AUGACCCGCAACAACCACGCUUCGCACCUCGCAUUCCACCAUGCGCGAAAAGCCGCUGCUGCCGUCGACCAUGUCGCCCACCUGGACCUCGGCGUCUUAAUCCCGGCCGAGAAGGAGGUCCACGGCUCCCCCAAGACGCUGCAUGAGAGAGACGCCAGCCCGGCUCUUGCUCCCCGUUCCGACUCUUGCAGCUCGAGCCGCGAGUCCGAUACGUGCCAGAAGCCCACCGACAGCAGCACUGCCAUCAUUCUCGCUGCCAUCGUCCCUAUCGCCAUUGCCAUCCUUGUCCUUGUCUUCCUCCACCGCAGGCACAUGAAGAAGCAGGCCCUCGAAGACCUUAACGACAAGCACAAGUCUCUCGAUUUCGGCCUGGACGAGCCCCCCAAGACCGCAAGCGGCAAGGCCCCGGAAAUGUCCGUCGUGGAUGCCGAGAAGGAAAUUCGUAAAGGUGGCCGCGGCAUGUCGAUGGAUAUGGAGAGCAGCCCGUACCUAAUGCCUGGUGGUGUUCAAGACUCCCGCGAAUCGUUCCACUCCAUGUCACGCAUCAGCGACAACCACGACCCCUACCGCCCCGUUACCUUCGUUAAGGACGAUACCAUGUCGCUGCGUUCGGCCUCCAAGUUCAACGAUGGCAUGUCCACCUACAGCAAGUCCAGCGUCGGUACCGAUCGCAUGGGUCUCCUCAAGAACGCCCAAAGGAUGUCCCGAUCUUCCCCCAUGUCCCCCGAGGACAGGACCAUUCCUGAGAUCCAGUUCCCCGAACCUAGCCACGUCAAGCCUCCGCCCAGCCCAGCUGCUGCAUCGCCUAUCUCUCCCGAUGCCGAAACUCCCGAUCUCACUCGCGACGCCCUUAACGGUAACGAGAAGCGCCGUUCGCUGAAUGUCGAUUCGAAGCGCACUUCUGUCCAAGAGCCUAGUCUGCCACAGAUCUCUGAACAUCACGACUCCGAGCCCCAGGUUACUCCCCGCAAGCCCAACCCUUUGAGGCUUGAGUCCAUGAUUGCUUCGGUCCAUAACCCUCACACAGACAGCAUCAUGAGCAAGUCAAGCGAUUACGGUGAUGGCUUCAAGAUCACUCCUCCCUCGCCCGGUCAGGAUGGCAAGGUCGCGAACCGCAUGUCUGUUGAUGCCUACGGAACUCCGUCCACGCCGCCGCAGGGUCUGGCCACCCAGGCCCCCAAGCCAAACCGCAUUUCCAUGGGCUUGCGCCCUCUGCCAUCGGAAGACCCCACUGAGAACCCUGAGGAACGCGCAAACAGGAUCCGGUCCUUCUACAAGGAGUACUUUGACGACUCGAAACCCGAACCCGCUGGCCGUUAUGGUGAAGCCCAAGACGACUAUAGUCAAGAGUACAUGGAGGGCGCCAUCUUCGAUUCCGAAAAGGGUCACUUCAUCGUCCCCGGUCAACCUUUCGCCGAACCCCUUACUCGUCGUGCCAUGACGCCGCCUCCUCGUGCUCCUCCGCGCUUCCGCGGCCACGGGCCUCCAGGCGGAUCGAUGAGUGGCGGACGUCCCAUGAGCCCUGGUUCUAUGCGCAGUGGAACACCACUGUCCAUGCCUCGCGGUAACUCUGCCAUGAGCUUCCGUGGUCCUCCCAAGAAGCCGCUGCCACCGCCGUCCAACCUUUCAUCGCUCCCCACGCCCGCAGCUAUGAAGGACGACGCGCACAUCUUCAACCCGAUUGACUUCGCACCUCCGCCAACCUUCCGCGACAUGCAGGCCGGCCGCCGUCCUGAUAGCCCGUUGGGUGUUGAUCGGCCGUACUCCCCCAGUGUUCGCCCGCACACGCCGCUUAUGACAGCUUUCGACGAGCUCGCUGUCAUCCCUAGCCCGCACGCCCUCCGGAAAUCCGGCACGUUUACUUCUCUGGACUUCAUGGCACCUCCUCGCUUCAAGGGAGUCGACAGUGGCAGUGAUGCCGCUUCCGUCCGCAGCGGUGGCAGUGGCAUCUCGGCGGCUCAGGCCCAUGCUGUUCGCGCCGGUGCCUAUCGUGUCAGCCGUAUUGAAAGGGGCUUGGUCGGUACCCAGGAUGAUAUGAUGACUUCCCUCAAGCCAAGUUGGGAUCUGCGCGACACCAACAGCCCCGCGCAGGUGAAGCCCAGCUCGUAG